AUGCAAGAUGACUCCUUCGCAGGUCAUGUCACACGGUACCUUCGGGAGCAUUUUAGCGACGAUGACCACAGCAAAAUCCCACCUCUCAUUCAAAAGACACCCAGGAAAUGGUCUGUGUACCCACCCAUGGUGCUAUUUAACACAGGGUCAUUCGACUCGGACCUCUGGCUCGAGACUUUCGAUACUCUGAUAAACAAAAAUGAGUUUUUCCGAUACAUGCAAACAGCGCUUCCCGGGACAGUCACACAUUUUGCAAUCAACAAGCCAAUCAUCGAGGAGGACGCCAUGCGAAGGCCCUUUAAUAUUGUGCCUUUGUGGGGAGACUUUGGCCCGGACCCCACACCCCAAUUGUUUGCGGAGCCGUUUGCACCCGACCUCGAAAAGGCGUUCUGGUGCACGGUGUUCCAAAACGGCAUCCACCAGACGUGGGCUCCAAGAUACACUAUGUUCUCCCGCGGAAACAUCAAAGAAAAGAAGAGAAUACUAGAUAAUUACCGACACCUCGAGGGGACGACCGUGCUUGACUUGUACGCUGGAAUCGGGUACUUCACCCUCUCGUACCUAGCGAAUGGCGCCACGGUUUUUUGCUGGGAAAUCAAUCCUUGGUCCAUCGAGGGUUUGGUGCGCGGUCUACAGAAAAACGGGCAUAUGUACAAGGUGUUCAGAAGCGGCCAGGUGGUGACCCAGGGCGAGAUCAACGACUUCGUAGCCCGAGGAUACAGGGCCUUUGUUUUCCAUGAGUCCAACGAGUGUGCGACGCAGCGAUUGGCUGCCUGGGAGCUUGCGGCAAUUAGUCAUGUGAACCUCGGGUUGCUUCCCAGCCUGAAACCAUCGUGGCCGAUCGCGCGGUUUGCAAGCACGGGCUCCAAAGAACCCACCAUUGUGCAUGUGCACGAGAAUGUCCACAAGGACCAAUUCACAACGCUUGUUGAAGAAGUGCAGGAUUGCUUUGCGGGGACUGUCACCCACUUGGAAAAGGUCAAGACCUUCGCUCCGGACGUCUGGCACGUGGUGGUGGAUGUGGUGGUGGAUGUGGUGGUGUGA